AAAAUCCCGAUCAGCGAUCACACCCAUCUCGUAGAAUAGAAGUUAAUAGAAGCUAUUUCCCGAAAUGCCUAUUAGGUGUUAUGUCUGGUUUCUGAUAAGGUUGUUUUUCCCGACAGGAAAUCUGAACGCAUAAUUCAGAAUCCAAACUCAGAAACAGAGACUUUUGAAUUGGUGCUUCCGAAGAUUUCUAGAACCAGAGAAGCUCCGUUUCUUUUCCUUCGUCGGACCCACUUUCUCGGUCUAUAAAAACCUUCCCCAAGCUCCGGAAAAAAAAAAAAAACAUAGUUCCUCCCGUCACGCGAUCUCCGGCGAAUUAUGAUCGUGCUCUUCGUCUUCUCCGUCCUUCUUCAACACCUCUGUUUCUUCCUCGUCGAGCCCUAGAUGGAAGAAACCAGACGAUCCUCCGAUUUCCUCCGUUCCCGCAACUUCCCUUCCGGCUUCUACUGCUGGGAUUGGGAGUUUCUCACCGCCCUCUUGCUCUUUAGUUGUUGAUUCUAUCCAAGUUUCCUCCUUUCUCCAGAUUUGAUCCGAUUUCGGCCUUCUUUUCUCUCUUCUCUCUGUUUUUUUGGUAGUAAAGGAAUUUCUUUUUGGGGUUUUGUUUUCGCCGGAGAUGGCGGCGGCGCAGAGAUCUGUUCCGGCUCCGUUUCUUACGAAGACUUAUCAGCUCGUGGACGAUGCAAGCACCGACGACGUCGUUUCAUGGAACGAAGACGGCACGGCGUUCGUCGUUUGGAAGACGGCUGAGUUCGCUAAGGAUCUUCUUCCUCAGUACUUCAAGCACAAUAAUUUCUCCAGCUUCAUUCGUCAGCUCAACACCUAUGGGUUUCGAAAAGUUGUUCCCGACAAAUGGGAGUUCGCGAACGGGAAUUUCCGGCAAGGACAGGAGGAGCUUCUGUCGGAGAUACGGCGGAGAAAGGUGGUGGCGCCGCCGUCGCAGUCGAACUCCGCCGGAGAGGACUUAGGGUCGAGCUCCACGUCAUCACCGGGAUCGAAGAAUCCGGGAAGCGUGGAGACGGCGGCGAACAUGGUCGCAGAUUUGUCGGAGGAGAACGAGAAACUGAGACGAGAGAACGAGACACUGAGCUCGGAGCUCGCGGCGGCGAAGAGGCAGCGAGACGAGCUCGUGGCUUUCCUGUCGGAGCACCUGAAUGUGGGUCCCGACAAUAUAGAUGGGAUGGUCGAGGGAGCGACACGUGGCAAGAGACCGGCCGGCGAGGAGGAUUCCGGCGACGGCGGAGGAAUGAAAUUGUUCGGGGUUUGGUUGAAAGGGGAGAGGAGAAAGAGGGGAAGGGAAGGAAUUAAAAACGUGGACUUUAACAUUCACCCGCCACUGUGGAAGACCAGCAACGUCUGUCUCUGAAUUCAUGGCCCUUCCGCUCCUCAAUCGUCAAAAGGAUUUUCCCCCAAAAAGAAGAGAAUUAAAAAUAUUAGAAUAAUAGUAAAAAUAAAAUAGAUGUUGAAUUUCUUACGUGGCAUGUGGGGUUUUGUUAUGUUAUGUUGUAUGAUCAAUUCAUUAGACUGGUCAGAUGGUCUACAGGCACAUGUAUUGAAAGUCAAAAUAAUUGUCUUCCAUAAUUACUAUGGUUAGUUACCGUGUGUCCUAAGCUAUCUCCCAAGUAUUUACAUGGAAAAAAAAUGCACACUGAAUAAAUAUCAUCUUUAAUUGUUUUUUU